AUGUGGGCCAAGGGAUGUGGACCAAAGGAUGUGGACCAAGGGAUGUGGGCCAAGGGAUGUGGGCCAAGGGAUGUGGGCCAAGGGAUGUGGACCAAGGGAUGUGGACCAAGGGAUGUGGACCAAGGGAUGUGGACCAAGGGAUGUGGACCAAGGGAUGUGGACCAAGGGAUGUGGACCAAGGGAUGUGGACCAAGGGAUGUGGACCAAGGGAUGUGGACCAAGGGAUGUGGACCAAGGGAUGUGGACCAAGGGAUGUGGACCAAGGGAUGUGGGCCAAGGGAUGUGGGCCAAGGGAUGUGGACCAAGGGAUGUGGCCAAGGAAUGUGGACCAAGGGAUGUGGGCCAAGGGAUGUGGACCAAGGGAUGUGGGCCAAGGAAUGUAGACCAAGGGAUGUGGCCCAAGGGAUGUGGGCCAAGGAAUGUGGACCAAGGGAUGUGGGCCAAGGAAUGUGGACCAAGGGAUGUGGACCAAGGGAUGUGGACCAAGGGAUGUGGACCAAGGGAUGUGGACCAAGGGAUGUGGACCAAGGGAUGUGGGACAAGGGAUGUGGACCAAGGGAUGUGGGACAAGGAAUGUGGACCAAGGGAUGUGGGCCAAGGGAUGUGGACCAAGGGAUGUGGGCCAAGGAAUGUAGACCAAGGGAUGUGGGCCAAGGGAUGUGGGCCAAGGAAUGUGGACCAAGGGAUGUGGACCAAGGGAUGUGGACCAAGGGAUGUGGACCAAGCUCGUACCUCUAG